AUGACUCUUUCGUCCCAGCAGGUCCAGUUGGGCGAUGUGCUCCAAGCUCUGCCCCUCAAGACGGCGGGAUCAACGCUGAGUACGGCGCAUAGUUACUGCGUCUCUAGUCAUCAAAAGAACGAACGAUCUAAUCGACCCACCCCACCUCUAGUUAUGCUGAUACAGUCAACCACCGUACGGAUCAAUGGGAAAAGAGUAUUGAGAACCCCCCGGUCCCGGUUCGCAGUGGAGGUUGUCAAAACCAUUGUGGAUGCGGCAGGUGCCCAGCGCACCGUGGUGCGCUUGAGUCCAUGCUCUACUUACCACGGGAUCGGUAAGCUGAGUUUAGCUUAUGUCCAUGCCCUGGAGACUCUUGACUUUUUCCUUGAGAUUUACAAGGUUUUAGGUGGCGGGCCCGUCAUCACCGGUGGCUACAUGGGACAGUCGGCGAAAGAAGCUGUCGAGGGCCGAUAUAAAGGGUACGAUGUUGUGGUUGGGGUUGGGCUGCCGUGGACGGCGAACCUGGAUCCGGGUGUUUAG